AUGACAGACGAGCAGUAUCAAGGGAUCCCCGAGUCGGUGAUGAUUGAGUUUGAGCCCAGUCCCGAUAUUCCGAACUCAUUCUUGCUGGUAAGCGAAGCCGGUAGUGGUUGCCACGCAGAUGCAUACUUUUGCUUACCCAAGGACGCAGUAGCAGCCACACAAGCCCGUGAGCAGGGCAAUGUUGCAGACAAAGUCAGCGCACUGAUGUCCACAUUGCAAGUAGUUAAGAUCGCCUGCCCCAUCGGGCUCGAUGGUAUCCGAGAUGAGGUUAUUGCUUUGAAGGCGAUCCGAGAACAACAACCAGAAGGAGUCUGUCUCCCAUUCUUCGAGCUUACCGCAGUGGACACGUUCAGUCCAACGCAGAAUUGGAUUGCAACAUCGACUCUCUCGAUAUGCUGCGACCUGGCAACACUUUUAGAGCGGUAUCAGACCAUGCCGGAACCCCUUGUGUGGCUGAUAUUCUGGCAACUCCGCAAAGCCCUGCAUUUCCUACACAACACUUGCGAUCCACCAAUGAUUCACAACGAUCUGCACGCCGGAAAUAUCAUCCUUGGCUACGCAGAAGGCUCUGAACUCCUACAGGUCAAGGUAAUCGAUUUUGGUCUGGCUAGAUUGGACGAUUCCAAUUGCCCUGUGAAUCAGUUCAGACGAGACUACUCCGGGUUGGCCGACGUCAUGGACAAAGUCAUGCAUGGCUCAGAUUUGAACUAUAUGGGAUGCAAUAUGUGCAAACAUCUCCCCGAUCCUAACGGACAGGGUCCAAUGCUGCAUAGCUUUCACUGGCUGAUCAACGAGAUGCUUUGGACAGCUGGCAAUGAGCGAUCAUAUGGCUUACUGUGCAAGCGUUUUGGUCCAUUCGCUCACCGCCAGAUUCUUUCGAUGCCACAGACUGCUCGGACCCAAAUACGAGACAUGAUCUUGGGUGUGACUCGGCCUCGUUCCGAGGUCAUGCACACGAAAAUUACGGAGCUGCUUACUGCAAAAGCCCAGAACGUUGCUCAAACAGCAUGCUCUGAAAGCACGAUAUGA